UGCGUCCUGCUGCGAGUGGACAGCGAACCUCAGGGGACGGGGAGCACUCCGACCCAGCUUGGGUGGUUUUUAAGGAACGGUUUCUGCUUAAAAUGUGAAACGACACACAGUACGAAGAGAAACGGAGUGUCGCAUCUGUUUCCUUUCCUUCGUAAAAGCGAUCUUGAGCCCAGGCGCGGAGCAGUAGGUGCUCACUUUUUAACGACAGCUGGGCGUUUGGAGAGCUGCCCUAGGCCACCUCGCUUCCUGUCCUUAAUUUCCUUAGAAGUGUUGAAAGCGAGCUUUGCAUUUAUGAGUGUACGAUGAAAAGUGAGCUUUGCAUUCAUAGAACAUCGGGUCGGAAGUUGAGAUUUCCACUAUCGAGAAACAGCGGAAGGAGCUGCAGCUGCUCAUUGGAGAAUUAAAAGAUCGAGAUAAAGAGCUCAAUGAUAUGGUUGCAGUACAUCAGAGACAACUUCUUUCAUGGGAAGAGGAUCGGCAGAAAGUGUUGACUUUGGAAGAACGUUGCAGCAAAUUAGAGGGUCAGAAAUACAUUAGCAGUAUCUCUUCCACACUUCUGUAUGCCAGCAUAUUAAAAGGACUCACGGGUGAACUACACAAAAGAACUGAAAUAAUCCGGUCACUCACGAAGAAGGUAAAAACCCUUGAAUCUAAUCAAACUGAAUACCAGGCGGCUCUUCAGAAGACUCAACUACAGCUUCAGGAAAUGGCUCAAAAGGCAACCCAUUCCUCUCUCCUUUCUGAAGACCUUGAGGCUAGAAAUGAAAAUCUCAGCAACACAUUAGUGGAACUUUCUGCUCAGGUAGGACAAUUACAAGCUCGAGAACAGGCUCUCACUACAAUGAUAAAGCUAAAGGACAAAGAUAUUAUCGAGGCCGUCAAUCACAUUGCAGACUGCUCAGGAAAAUUUAAAUUGUUAGAGCAUGCCUUGCGUGACGCUAAGAUGGUGGAGACUUGUAUUGUGAAGGAGAAACAAGAUUACAAGCAGAAAUUGAAGGCACUGAAAAUUGAAGUCAGUAAACUAAAAGAGGAUCUAAAUGAAAAGACAACAGAAAAUAACGAACAACGAGAAGAGAUCAUUCGCCUCAAGCAAGAGAAAAGUUGCCUGCAUGAUGAAUUGGUUUUUACUGCACAGAGAGAAAAAAGGAAAGAUGAGUUACUUGAUAUUGCCAAGUCAAAGCAAGAACGUACAGACGCAGAACUACGUAAUCUGAGACAGAUUUAUGUAAAACAACAGAGUGAUCUGCAGUUUCUUAAUUUUAAUGUGGAAAAUUCUCAGGAAUUAUUACAGAUAUAUGACUCAAAGAUGGAGGAAUCAAAGGUUCUGGAAUCCAGCAGAGACAUGUGUUUGUCAGACCUUGAGAAUACCCGCCCAAAAGUCGAUAUUAAGAGAGAGAAAAAUCAGAAGUCACUGGUUAAAGACCCAAAAUUUGAGACCACGUUGGUUCAGCAAAAUAGGUCAGACAAGAGCCCUUGUGAUGUAUGCAAAGAGAAGAGACUACAGGUUAAUACUUCAUUUGGGGGGAAAAGUAUAAUUGCUGUCUCAUCUCUAUUUACAAAAGACUUGCUGGAGAAGCAAAAGUCUUGGUCUCUGGGAGGAAAAAUGCCGAUGGAAGCCGAAAACAAAAGUACAUUUUGCAAGAUCCAUGCAAAGUCACCAAAAGGGAACGGGAUAGAGAUUCAGAAUGAAGAGAAACAACUCUUGGAAACAUCAAUGUCCUUAUCUGAUGAGAAACAGUGGCAUGAUGUUAACGUGUACCUGGGCCUGGCCAGCUGUUCUGGGGCAAAACAACCGGAAAAGCUGAAUGUUGAAUGUCAAGAUGACAUGGAAAGGUCUGGAGUCUCCUGUUGCCAUAAAAAUGAAGCCUGUUUGGGGGAAAGUGACAUAUGGGAAUCCAAGUGCUGCCACCCGAGUAACUUCAUAAUCGAGGCACCAGGCCACAUGUCUGACGUGGAAUGGAUGAGUAUUUUCAAGCCUUCCAAAGUGCAAAGAAUCGUUCGCCACAAAUCCGUGUGUACUUGUGCAGAAAGUGCCAGCGGACGGAAAUACAACUCCUCCACGAGUGAGCUGUUUGCCAUCCAGCAUUCCCACUGUUUGGGUGCUUCAAAAUCUGCGGCACGAGAGGAUGAGAGAUUGAUAGAGACAGGGCCCUCUCCUGAUACAAAGAACUCACCUAAGAUUUUGUUAUUCAACAAAGAGGCACCAUUGUCCAAUGAGAAGGACGACUUUUCGCCCACAAGCAAGCUCCAGCGUUUGCUGGCAGAGUCUCGGCAGAUGGUUACGGACCUGGAGUUGAGUACCCUGCUCCCCAUCAGCUCUGAGAGUUUCAGCAGCAGUGCCAAUAAUAACUUAGAAGUCUCAGAAGAGUCAGCUCAAAAAAAUACCCUCCUUACUAACUGAAGAAAACAAAAGUCAACUUCAGUAUUCACUGUGGUCAGAGAAGCCGAUUUUCCAACUUUGGAAGGCAGGAAGCAGACAUCAAUACCUAAUGCUUAACCUUGAAAACAAAAAGAGGAUUGUAAUCCUUUGUAAGCAACACUUAAUACCAAAGGGAAGCAGAAACUGAAAGUUAGUUUUUCAACAUCUGUAUUUUCUUGCUUUUCAAGUUGACCGUUUUCAUGUCGAAGAAAUAUUGUUUUAUGUGUAAGCAAUUAGACCUUAUUGUGUAUUGUCUGUAUACACAAUUAUGUAUAUUAUGCUCACAGAGAAAAAGACUUCUCUGUAAAGAUGCAGACUAGAAUUAAGUACGAGAGAAGCUCUUUAAAAGUGUGAACAUCAAAUCGAGAACCCCUGCAUAUAAAGUGCUAUUUUCACUCUCUGAGUUUUAAAAAACCUGUGCAUGCAUUUAAACUACAACCAACAGCUUAUCAGAGACAGCUGUAAAUAUAUGAGAAAUAGUCUCCUCCUCUUUCGUGGCUUUUGCUCUGGACUUCGCUGUGUAAAAUAGACAUAAAAUGAUAUGACAGAACAUAUUUUUAACUGGAAAGUAUCUCAUCAGUUACUGACAAUCGAGGCCCGUCUGUCCCCGAGCUGAACAGAGAGAACCCCAUCGUGUCUGGGUCUGUAGUAAGUCCCAUCUACUCAUACAAACAAAGGCUCGCUGGAAGAUCAAAUUUUAUAUGCGUUUUUUUUUUUCUUUAUCAUUAAAGACUAAAAACACUUCCCUUUUAACUUGUAAUUUAAUUUUUUAAAGAAUAUACUAAUGUGCAUUUCUAUCCCUUCUAAAGAAGAGAAUUGAUCAGCUUCAGCCAAUAAAAAAUAUUUUUAAUAAGAAAAA